AUGGCCUCGGCGCAUUCCAAUGGCGCUGCCGGCAUCGGCUCGUCAAACGGCGGGGAGGUCGAUAUCCUCUCCCAGAUUCACCAGGCCCUCGAGGUCGUACACGCCCCCUACUCCGCCAACGGAGCUCGGAGGGAGGCGCAAGAGUUCCUCGAAAACGUCAAGGCCGUCGACGAAGCCCCCUUUCACGGCUACACCCUGGCCUCGAACAAGUCGCAGCCCGCCGUCGUCCGACACUAUGCGCUCUCGCUUCUCGACAAUGCCAUCAAGCACAAGUGGGCCGACUACACCACCGAACAGGCCUCGACCCUCAGGGGGUGGAUGCUGGAGCUGUGCCAGGGCAUCUCGCAAGCCGAUCCGUUGUACAUCAGAAACAAGACGGCCCAGCUCUGGGUGGAGGUGGCGAAAAGGUCGUGGGGCACCGAGUGGAUGGACAUGGACGAGCUGCUGGUUCAGCUUUGGCAGGUGCCCGACUCGGCCGUACACAAGGAGCUCGUCAUGACGGUCCUCGAGACGCUGGGCUACGAGACCUUCUUUGGCGAUGACGUCGUGGUGGCUAUGAGGCAGGGGGUCCUGUGCAAAGGUUGGACAGAAAUCACCACGCCCACUGCUGUGCUGGCCGAGGCGAUCAAGAACCGCAACCCAGCCCCCGAAGUGCGGUACGGUGACGAGGGCUGGCUGGUGCGGUUGGUGACUCUGCUCGAGCAAUGUCUCAACGGCGACAUCAACGGCAACAGCGAAGUGCGUUCCUGCGCCGUGAAGGCGCUCUCCGUCCUCAGCACGUUAAUGCCGUGCACCAUCCCCAAGGGCACCGCAGCCUCGAAAGUCGUCCCCGUCGCCUCCAGAGCGCUUGCUGCUUCCCAGGUGUCUGUCCAAAAGGGAGCUCUGGAGGUUUUGCAUGCCCUUUAUUCACGCGAUGACUUUUACGACGAGGAGUUCGCAGAGCUGGUGGCGCCCAUGUACGAGCAGGCGUCGGUCGGACUGCUCAAGGAGCUCUUUAACUGGUCAGUGGUCGAUGCCGAAGAUAUUGACGACGACAAAUACCAGUUUGCUAAGAAAUUUUCCGAGAUGCUGUCCUUACUUGGAAAUUAUCUUGAUCGAAAAUUCUCCGUCGUUCCCACGGGGUCAGAUAUCGAUGGUUUCCUGAAUCUUCUCGUUGUUGUAGCGCAAAGCCAGAGCCUCAUUGUGUCCAUCCCUGUGCUCGUAACGUGGACCCGUCUCCUCAACAACAGGUUAAUCGGGCAAAGUUCCGCCAACUCACAGCUCAUUGGGCCUCUGCUUGAGCUGUGCGGCUCGAGGCUCAUCAGAUACGAGAACCUGCCUGAAGACACGCAAGAUGCCACCUAUCUGUUCCUCAUGGAAGACACAGACACCAUGCCUGAGAGGCAUGCUUUCCUAGGCAACUACCGUCGCUACAGCAUGCAAGUCAUAGAGGCGAUUGUACAGCUGAAGCCGUCCGACGCCAUCUCGCACAUCCUGGGCCAAACCGAGCAGGUGCUGCACCAUCUGUACGAUGGACAGCCGAGCCUGAAUGUCGCCGCAUACGCGAAGCAUUCCAUGCCUGUUCUACGCGCCGAUGCCCACUUGACCGUAAUCGAUGCCGCCAACAAGGGCUACAUGAAGUGGAGGGCCAACCCAAUCCAACGCGGCAAUCCCGAUUAUGAUCAACAACGAUCGAGCCUCGAGGACGGCCUCGAAUCUUGGUGUCACAGGCUUCUGGAUAUGAACUUUGAAGACCCAAUGGUUCGCAAGAGGGUACUGCAAAUCCUGGUCCUCAUGUCAACAUCAGCACUCGAUAAGAGACCUCAGUUCAUGCUGAAGGUCCUCGAGCACAUACUAAUGACGUGGCCGGCGCCCCAGCCGGAACACCGUGCCUUCAACGAGGCCAUCAAGGACUUUCAGUCUGAAAGUAUGUUCGAACUGCAGAGGCUAGCAUCCAAGGUCCCCGAUCAUCUGCUUGCUGUUUAUGAUCAAGUUGAGACGCGGGUCCGUGACAUGGUCACUUCGGGGACGCUCGACGAGAAGCGACAGAUUGCAUAUCAAACAUUUCUGUUCAUCAUCGUUCACAGGGCGAGCAACAUUGAUCCCCAGGUCCAGAUGCAGCGAUUGGAAGGUUUCAUCGAGCCAAUCAAGGCUCAGUGGCAGAAUCCCGAGCUUAAGCAGGCUCUUUCGUCAUACUCUGGCUUCUGUGAGCUGAUGGCGCUAGAUAAAGCGAAGGCCUAUCUCAGGAAUCACGGAGCUCAUACUGUUAGUGACUGGGGCGCGUGCGAGCUGGAUGCUGAGGGCCUUGCUCUGCAGGCGGAGCUCGAAGACAGGCAAAAGAUGCUGCCCCUUCGACCGACCAAAUCUUUCCUGUCUUACUCUGUCGAAAAGCUGGAGAAGUCUUCCCAGCCCUUCCAGGCAUCAUACAGGCUCUGGAAUAACGAAGCCUUCCAGGCCAUCUUGCCUGAUCUUCUGCAAUUCCUCAGCCAUGCCCAUGCUUCGCACAACCCCGACAACUGGCCCGAAUUUCCCAAUGAGAUGGGCACUGUCGUCAAGAGAGUGCUCAGCGAUCGCUUUUGGCAGGCAGGCAUCUCGGAAGGCAGCAAAGACGAGUUCUACGCACGCGUAACAGAUAGGAAAGGGACGCUUGAAGGUCUUGCAUCGACCAUCAGAGGCUCGGUGCGGUUCGUGCGAGAGACAUGCUAUGCGAUUAUUUACUGCAUGAGCCGGCUCGAGACGUACUUUUACGGCUUUGGCGAACUGCCGAGCCCCCUCGCCGAGGCGUUGUUCCAGAACGCAGUCCACCUGUCUGCCCAUCAACAGAUCAAUCUGCUGAACCUGACGAGAUACCUGGUGGAUGAUUGUCCGCUGGAACAGCGCGAGCACUUCCUGCCGCCGCUCCUGGCGAAUUGCUUCCGACAGAUGGACGCGAAGAUCAGUUCUGAAUGGAAGAGGCUUGAGGACCAACAAAAGAUUGACGUCGGAAGCGAUGACCUGACCGAGGAGAUGAAGUCGGAGAGCAUCCUGCGUCAGGUCACUCACACGGCAGUCAUCAUGGUCGCCGAUUUCCUUGACCCUACGAAGCGAAACCCCGCGCCGCUGCGGCCACAGGACCCUCCCAAACGAUACCCGACGCUUAGAAAGUUCUGUCUCAUGCACUCAAGCAUUGUCGAGCCUCUUCUUUUGUUCAGUACGCACGCUAUCCGAAUGAGAGAUGGGAGGUGCUGUAACAUCAUUCUGCGUGUCUUCCGAUCGAUUGUGCCCGACUUCCAGUCGUCCGAUGUAACAGCUGCAGGUGGCGAUGGCAACACACAACAGGACGGCGGCGCAGAUCCCUGGCUCGACACGACGGCCAUCGACCACGAGAGGGCCACGCAGAUACGCGAAUACAUCUCAACACAGGUGCUCGAGGCGUGCGUGACAUCGUUCCACGAGCCGUACUUUGUCGACCUGCAGAAGGAUCUCGCGUCGCUCAUCGCGGCGAUCGUGGUCCACUACAUGACGCUGACGGACUCGCCGAAGAAUUUCCUCCUCAGCAUCCCAGGCGUCAAGUUCAAAGACUUUGAGAAGCUCGGGGAGUUUGCGCCGAAGCCCAGCUCCGGGUCGCGCCAGCAGCGGGCGCUCGUGCUACACCUUUUGAAGGACGUCAAGGGCGUGAGCAUGGCCGAGAUGCACAAGCUGCCCAAGAGCGGGCUGCCGGCUGUGCAGAAGAAGCCGGCGCGCAGCAAGAUGGCGCAGGAGUUUAUGACGCCCGCGGACGAGGCGGGGUCCAAGGGGCAGCCAUCGACGGGCGUCGCGGAUGACAGCCUCGUUGGACUCGCCAACUUGUUCGACGCGUAG